AGUCAAUGAUUACAAUCGUAAAGUAUCACCAAUGACGAUACUGGGUAUUUAUAGAGAAUAUGAUAGCAGCAUUUUAUGCUAGGUAAUCAUUUGCUAUAACAUAGUCGCUAUAUUAUCUAUGUUAGUUGUUUCUUGGGUGUUAUUCCAUCCAACAAAUGUGAUUAUUCAUAUGAAGAAAUCGCAUAUAGAUCGGUUUUAUGUAUAUUCCAAUAGAGAACACAUGACUGUGAAUAUUGGCUAAAGUUGGAUAGGAAGAUGAAGGCAGAGCGCUGAAUAAUGCUAGAGUAGAAGCACUUGGUACCAUUCAUACAGUAUCUUCCAAAGAGUUACUAGACAAGCUUAUUCGUUUAUGGGACCUUUGUUUUUAAGGGUGCACACGAUUCAUUGAUUACCAGUAAUGUUAGUCGUAACGCAGAUAGUAGCAUUGUAAGAGUACUGAUACAAAUAUCAUUGGAGGUGAUACAGCAUAAUGCAUUUCUGUAAGGUAUAACUAGUUGUACCAUAGUAGUAUAUUUGUGAACAUCUAUUGGACCAUAUCUAUGCUAGAUAUUGGCCAGGAAAGCGACUAGAGGAAAUCAAUUCUAUACAUACCUCAUAUAAUAAUUGUGGCUGUCCACAUAAUUUGCUGCCAGCAGAAUUAGUGUGGUUUCCUAUGAGCAAUGAGGAUUAGAUUAUCAAUACAUCCAUCGAUACCAUUCAAGAGAAAGUAACAUUAAAUAAAGAAUAGUGUAAUACCAGUGUAGUGCCUAGAGGAUAUUGCCACACGGUAUAUUGUACCAUAGUUAUCCCAAAUACACCACCAUAUCUCUGCGAAGCCAUGUAGCGACAACUAUUGUAGAGAGGUAUAUUCCAAGGUAACGCAUGUACUAUGAAUGGGGGGCAUGACAACAAUUAUGUCUAACAGUUAGCCAUCUCACUCUUUACCGACUCUAUCAAGAUGGUAUCCUUUAACAUGUUAUGGAAACUCUGUGUAAUUGUGGCCUUCGGGCUCUCUGCCACUGUCACUGCUACUGAUGUAGCCAAGGAGCAACCCAAGAAGGAAUCCUUAGACAACAGAUUCCCCCGUAAGAAUGAAGAACCACCCAUGUAUUCUGUUGAAUGGUAUCUGUUACCGGAGCCGGAAAACAGAGCAUGUCUUCUUGAGAAAUUGCCAUUUGAUGUGGCCAAAGACGUUCCAGAAGACUGCGAUGAACCAAUAGAUUCCGCAGUGGAAAAACGUAUUAGGAAGUUUUUUUCAUUAAGAGGCUUGAUAUUCACAAGUAUGAGUUCAUAUCCUGGACUUGAUGAAACCAAUAACGUUGACCAAACCACGCAGGGAUCAUUGGAUAGCAGUUUCACAAACAAGGAAGACGAACCUUCCUCUAAAUCUCAAGAGGUACCGAAACCAGAGAGUAUGGACACUGAAGAAGAGACCGAUACAGCAGGUCCACCUAAAUUUUCUGUUGAGUGGUAUUUGUUACCUAAACCCAUAAACAGAGGAAGUCUCCGUGAUAAGUUGCCAUGGGAAAUGCGAAAUGCUGUGCCAGAGGACUGUAAUGAGCCAAUAUUGCCUGUAGUAGAAAAACGUAUUAGGAAGUUUUUCUCAUUGAGUGAGAAAGAGCAGAUUUUAGAGCAUGCAAGUUCAUAUGGCCACCAAUCUAUAUGACCAAUGAUGGAGUACUUGUUGAAGAUACAAUA